UUCGCCAGCAAAAUGGCGUCAUCGAAGGAAACUUAUUGUUUGUGUGGUCAACCAUAUAAUAUUGGGCAAUUUAUGAUAGAAUGUGACUGCUGCCGUGAGUGGUUCCAUGGAAGUUGUGUCGAUGUAAAAAUAUAUCAUUCAGACGACAUAGAUAAAUACCACUGUCCAAAAUGUGCACAAACCUACGGACCUUCAGUAUUAAAAAUUCCUACAAACAACCAUCGCGCGGACCGCUACGAAAUUGGUGCGGAGACGAGGCCCUCUCAAGCCGGUACUCCAGCAUGGGUGAGAGCAUUGGCCGCUCGGCCGAUGCGACCCACGCAGGCUGCCUUACAGAGGAUGAGAGCAGAUCAGUUUACGGAGGAAUUUGUACAGGAUAAUGGAUUUACCCGGCCAAUCAUUUUCCAUAGCACAGAUGGACUGGACAUGAAAAUACCAAAUUCUGCAAAUUUCAAUGUCAGAUCAGUUUUGAGAUUCUGCGGAGCACAAUUGGAGGUUGAAGUUAUAGAUGUAAGGAAACAGACAACACUUAGAAUGCCAUUAGGUGAUUUUGUGGAAUACUUCGAGACACCACCAGAGCAUAGAGAUGAAAAAGUUUUAAAUGUUCUGAGUUUGGAGUUUAGUGAUACACCCAUGGCAACACUAGUAGAACCCCCCGGACUUGCGCGCCGUCUCGACUGGGCGGAACGUGUAUGGGCAGGUGGCUCGUCCCUAGAGACGAGAGCUCGGCCAGCGGUGCAAAGAUACUGUCUGAUGUCCGCGGGGGGGUCGUACACGGACUUCCAUGUGGACUUUGGUGGGACGACUGUGUGGUAUCAUGUGCUGCAUGGACGGAAGAUAUUCUAUUUGAUACCGCCGACAUCAACAAACUUGGCAUUGUACCAACAAUGGAGCGCUGCUAAUAAUCAAACUGAAAGAUUCUUUGGUGAUAUGGUGGAAUGGUACGGUACAGCGGAAGUGUGUCCCGGCGAGAGUCUUUUCAUUCCCUCCGGCUGGAUACACGCAGUGUACACGCCCGCGGAUUCGCUCGUGUUUGGCGGCAAUUUGCUGCACUCGUACGCUAUUGAAAUGCAGUUGCAAAUAUAUGAAAUAGAGAGUCGUGUGGAAACACCAAUGAUGUUCAGAUAUCCAUUGUUCGAAGCGAUGCACUGGUAUGCGGGUGCGCAUUUAUUGGCUAUGUUGAGACGACACAAUGAAGAGACACAGGAUGAAGAUUUUACGCUAAGUGAAAGCUGUUUACCGCCAGCACAACAGGACUUACCGCCUUUACUACUGCGUGGUAUUAAAAUAUUGGCGAAUGCGCUCAAAGAGUGGCACGCGUUGAAAAGUACGGACACAUCAAAACGUGACAACGUGCCGAAGUGUCUCAACUCUGGUCAACUAGUGCGCGAGCUGUGCAAGGAACUGCGCAUUUUGGAGAAGCGAAGCGGCACUAAUAAGGAUAAAGAUAGCAAAGUGAAAAACCAUUCGCCAACAAAGUCAAAUACUAAAAAACAGUCAUCAACACAAAAAAAAUCACUCAAACUCACACUACCAAAACCUAUAAUGCACAUGACACCAAAUUCACAAAAUGGUGAAUUUAUCGAAGAAAAAAUAUAUGCAGAUAAAUAUUAUGUAGAUAACAAAGAAGUACAAUACACAGAAAGAUAUGCUACUGACUUGAAAUAUGUCAAUGAUGUCAAAUAUGUCAGUAAUGAUGCCAAGUUUGUGAACAGCGAUGUCAAAUAUGUCAAUAGCGAUGUCAAAUAUGUCAACAGCGAUGUCAAAUAUGUCAACAGUGAUGUCAAAUUUGUCAGUAACGACGUCAAGUUUGUCAACAGUGAUGUCAAAUUUGUUACUAAUGAUGUCAAGUAUGUCAAUAAUAAUGUCAAGUAUGUCAAUAAUGACGUGAAGUUUGUUAACAGUAAUAUAAAGUUUGCGAAUAGUGACACAGUAAAGUAUGUGAAUACCGAGGUUAAAUAUGUGACCAGUUUGCCGGAAGCUAAAUAUAUAAUUGAUGAAAAGGAAGUGCCAGAAAAGUAUACGUAUCAGAAUUACGAGGUUGCCUACCCAGAAGGGAAUGGUUAUGUUGAAAGGCCGGAUAAGAAAAGUUUAAAGGUUAAAAUGAACAAUUCCCCGUCCUCAUCCCGCGAAGAACCACCACCUUACAGCCUUCCGGAACAUUCUAUACUCAAAUCACAUUUAAUAAGAUCGGAUCGGACGUUAAAACCCAUACAGCAGUGGACGAUAUCCAAGAAAGAUAUAGGGGACUAUCAUGAAGAAGUGUUGUAUACAAAUGAGAAUUUGCAAGCUAAUGUUAGGCUAGAAGGACAGGAAAUUAGUUAUGGACCUGGUAUGUACUCAGCGGAAGACGUACAACACGACUAUCAAUACUCAGAAACGGCUAAGCCGGGCUCGUAUCAGCAAUACGGCAUACAACCGGCGACGGAGAUUGCGUACGAACCGUACCAGAGGUUCACGGACGUCGUUACUACUCAUCAAAACCCAACGUACAGUACAUCCGGUGCGCAGGCGCAGAACGGCGUGUACGCACACACACACGCACACGCGCCCGCGCACGCACACAACCAACUACCCUCAUACGAUGCGGCGAUUGCGCACCAAUACAGUACUAGUAAUUAUGUGAUAGAAGAGCAGAAACAACCAGAGACAACGCCAGCGACGCCCGUGCGACGUUCAGAGAGAGCGGUGCGACGAAGAAUGUCCAACACUUAUGAGUAUGAAGACGGAGAUUUAUAUGUGGACGAACCGGCCCCAGCCAGACGGCGGCCGGCGAAGCAUAGACACAACCAUAGACAGCACGCGGCGUCAAACAGCGCAGGCGCGUACAGAUCGCGGCCGGCGCCGGCGAACGGCAUCGAAUCUCUCAUACAGGCGUCCGUUUUGGCUGAAGAGGAACAACCGGUCACUGAGACGGAAGACGCAGCCGUAGCCGGUAUGUUGAGCAUCAGCGAGCGAUACGAAGCCCAGGCACCAGCGAGGACGUUUAGUAUUUCAGAAAAUAAUGUUGAACCAACGGAGAGGACACAGCCCUCGUCUAGACUUGAAAGUACACCAAGCAGUAGUAAACGCGCAAGGAAGGCAGCACCGAACAGCGCUGACGAGGACUUUGAUGAUGAAGAGGAUGUUAUCAAGGAGGUCCACAGGGAUGAGGAGUAUGUGUAUCCAUCACUAGAGAUGAGUUCAGAUGAAGACGACGAAUGGACGUCGUCGCGACGGCGGCGGAACUCCAAAAAUAGGAACGACAAUAAGGCUAAGAGUGAAAAGGACGAGUCGUGGUCGCCCCGCGCGCGCCUCGGGCGCCUCGUGCCGCGGCUGCGCGGGCCCGCGCGCUCGGCCGUGCGCCGCGAGUGCGUGCGCGCCGCACUGCACGCCGCCGCCGCCAGGCCGCACGCCGCAGAGCCCAGCGCGCUGUGUGCGAAUCCAAAACGGGCUGUGUUAGCGACAAAAAGCCGGCGGCCCCCGCCGCCCGUGCACAAUCCAGCUAAUAGCAAGAAUAUAAGACUGAAAAAAGGGAUGAAGACGGCGAAGCAGCGUCUCGGCAAAAUACUGAAAAUACACAAAAUGAUAUAUUAGUUUAGCGUAAAUAUAUAGAUUCUAUAAUUAUUGUAUAUUUAGUUGACACUUAGACUUAUGCGUAAAUAUAAAUGUUAGAUGUAUAUUUUAUAUAUUAGAUGGAGGACCAAUCAAUGUUGUAGCGGUGUGAUUAUAUAUCGGGACACUUGAUUUGUUGACGCCAUUUUUGUUUAUUCAUUCAUUUGUAGCAUAUUAUUCAUUUUGAACCGACUUCACAAAAGAUGUUUUCGAUACGGCCGGUGUAUUUUUUUUCUAUAGUAUUUUUUGUAAUUACAGUUUUUCUGUAAUUAUCGAGAUAUUUGGUGAUUAAUUUUAUUCAUUCGUAAAAUGUACUAUUCAUUCAUUAGAAAUAGUGAAGUUUUUUCAAAAAUAUGAAAUUUUGUUUGCAAAUUUACUUAC